AUCUUCGCGGUCAAGAGGAAGGUGGUUGCGCCAGUCGCAGCCCCAGGCGCUAGACGCCCUGCUUCCGACGCAGGACGCCUGGCUCACGGCUCCAAGCCGUCGUCUGCCGGCGCAAGGCGCCCUGCUCCCGGCGCCAGUCGUCUAGUCUCCGUCGCUCCGCCGACUUUUAGCGCUAGUCGCUCCUCGUCAACUUCUAGUGCUAGUCGCUCGAUCGGAAGAUCCUUGCCGUCUCUCAGCGCUAGUCGCUCUCCGACUCCCUGCGCUAGUCGCUCGUCCCCCGGCUUAACGCCGACUUCCGGCGCCGGCCGCCCUACCGGCUCUUCGCCAAUCCUCGGCGCAAGUCGCCCGACUCUAGUGGCAUCAACAACGCCGAAGAGGAAACGGCCUUUCGAGAUAGGAACGUCGACGCCAGACUCGAAAGGAUCUUCACCGAAGAAUCCGUGGGUUCUUCCACCCCUGAUCUCUCCGCCUUCGUUGUCGCCUAUCAGGAGGACCACUGAAGGGACGCAGACGAUUCGACAGGAGUAUCCGGAUUCCUCGACGCAGACGGUACAUCAGGAGAAACAGGAUUCCUCAACGCAGACGGAAUCAUCUGAAUUCAUACGAGCGGACAAAAGGGAAGCAGCAACGCAGACUAAACGACGAGGAGAACGAGAACAACGAGAACGACGAGGACGACAAGGACGAAAAUUGUAA